UAAAUACACCCAAAAGUCGUCCCAUUCCACAUAGAAUUUAACAUUUUCCUGUCAAACACACACACACACACAUACACAACCACAAUCGCUAUGUCUUUGAAGAUGAACUUUGUGUUGCAGAAAAGCGAUCUGAUGUUUAAGAAAGAGAGUAACAUUAAUGGCACCAAGAUGACCACUACUAUAUCAUGCAGGGUCAAAGAGCUGCCUAUAAGUAACAAAAAGAAUCUGUAUCAAGUUCUUUCAUUAGAAUCACAGAAUGUUAGUUUCCAUGACCUCAAGAAAGCAUAUCGUGCAAAAGCUCUUCAACUUCAUCCCGAUGUUUCUCCAUCUUCUAUAAAGGAGGAAUGCACAAAACAGUUUGUGGAGUUGCGAGAGGCAUAUGAGGUGCUUUCUGAUCCAAAUUCUCGAAGAAUGUAUGACUUGAGCUUGGUUGAAUCUAUGGGGUGUGGUCUUGAAGACCAUGCUUACAGUGGAAAGGGAGUGCAGUAUUCAAGAAUGGUGUGGGAAAUGCAACUUAAAGGAUUAAAGCAUCGAUCGGACCAGAGAAGAAACGUUCAGUUUGUGUAGGGUUUGUGUUUUAUUCAUUCGUGUGGAAAUUCUUUUAGGUAUAAUUUGUAAGGCAUUUGUUUAUUCAUUCGUGUGCAAACUCUUUUGUUUUACUCAUAAAUUAAUAUAAUAAUUUUGUGUUUUAUUCA